GUAAGGUACGUAGAUUGGCUGGAUACUACCAAGUAGGAUCUAUUGUUGUGCGCUUUAAAUGACAGAAACAUUAUUACUUGUGGAUUUCUUCUUCACUGUAUUUGAUCAAUUAGAUUUUUAACUGUUCAGACAGCUUGAAGCUUGAUGAUUAUCACUUAAGAAUGGGAGUUAAGGUUAUAACAGAAAUUCUCUGCGCGUCUGAGUUUAGAUUGUGGGAGACGUAAAUUACUAUUCCCAUCUGAAAAUCAACAGAUCUCUGAGACUUUACAGUGAUUGAAAACCUGUCCCCUGACUGUUAACAGGGAAUAACAGAAAUAAACAGCUACUUGUAAGGACAAUAUCAGUUUUUCUUCUCAAUAGUUUUACUUGCCCAGGUAAAUUGCCUUUCUUUCUGUAUUCAAGAUUGUACUUCAGAAUUCUGCCAUCACUUUGUACCUAAAAAGAUGACAUAAAAUUUUUCUCUGCUCCAGUCAGGUGCAAAUACCUUUAUGUCACUGGAGAUACUAAAAUGUGGACUACAGUCUUUACUUGAGUUUUGUCUUAAACUUGGACAGCUGCAUAUAGGUGUGGAUCUACUUGAUUCUGAAGAUAUCAGAUUAUCCUGCCUCCCUAAAAUGCUCGCAUUAAAACAUAGAAGUUGAUAAUAUUACACUUUAAAGACUACAAAUUAUUUAUCACGCUGAGGCACCGUGUUUCUACCCUCUAGGUCUGAGCAGGACCAAGCUCACAAAAUGGGAAGAAGAAAUGACCAUCCAUAUGGCAACUAUUUCAGAGGGAAAGGACACACCUAUUUUGCAGCAGAAGAAGCUCUGGGCAUUGGACUUUUCAUUUUGGUGCUGGCAGCUUUGCUUGCCUUUGGCUGCUGGUAUUACAAAAGACGGAGUGGCUAUAAAAGUCUGCGGAGCAAAAGCUCUAGUGUGAGCACAGCACGAAACGUGGUACGUGAGGGAGCAAUACUGGACUGCAAAAUGACUCUGCAGGACUACAGAAACUUUAAUUCUGUGGUACCUGAUGCUCCACCAGCUUAUGACAAAAUUGCUGCAGAUCAGUCACCACCACCUUAUUCACCAUGAUAACAUGAAAUUUUAAACUCUUCAUGCUCCCUCUUAAU